GCGAAUCCAGUGCGCCUGCGCGGGGGAUCAUUGUUCCCGGAAGUUUAUUCAUACACGUGUAGCAUAUGACAACCUUGAAAAACUACAAAACAACUAGCUAGCAGCUUAUUUCUGCCAACUAACCGUUGCAGUGAUGCCCGUAACAAGACUGCUAUACCCUCUCUACCAGCUGGGGAACCCCCAGCUGAGGCUCUUCAGACCCAACUGGUUCCUGACUCUGGUGAGGCCGGGAAAAGAGCAGCCUGCUGACACUGUCCAGUUUCGCAUCCCAAUGGAAAUGACCAAGUAUGACGUGAAGAACUACUUGGAGAAGAUCUAUAACGUCCCUGUGGGAGCAGUCCGCACCAGGAUACAGUUCGGCUCCAACAAGAAGAGGAAUCACCUGUACCAGAAGGUUAAGCAACCAGACUAUAAAGUAGCCUACGUUCAGCUGGCUGAGGGCCAGACGUUCACCUUUCCUGACAUCUUCCCAGUAAAGGACCAGAAGCCGACUGAGGGCUCCAUGGAGGAGAUGCAGGAGAAGUUCAUGGAGGAUGAGAAGCAGAGGCAGAAACUGGACCCCAGGAGAGGAGGGGUCACAGAGUGGUUUGGGCUCUGAGGAAGCCCACUGACCGGGAACUGUAUGCGCCGAUGCGAGCGUAGGCGUUCGGUUGGGAGCAACAUGUAUUGAUUUACAAUGCGACUGUUGUGAUGUCACUUCUAUUUCUGUAAGAAACGCUCACAAGUGUGUAGUUCGGAAGAAUGAGCAUGUGUGUGGGAGACUGCGGACAUGUGUUUGGUGUGUGUGUGUGUUUGUGAGGCUUCAGUCCAGUAACUCGUGCCAGAACAGAAUCAGAGGAGGAGAGUGGCCCGGCUCCAUCUUUGAUGAAACCAGCCCUCCGUACAGAAUCUCCAUCACCUCAGAUGACCUCUUUUCGUUCCUCCUCCCACUCCUUCUGUUGCGCCUCCCUCUUCUUUACUCCUCCUCUUUGGCACCGACACCUCUACACCUUCUCCGUCUUUGUUUUACUCUUUCUUCAGGACUUUCCUUCUCCUCCGUCUCCUCAGUUGUCCCGCCAUGUCCUUGUCCCUCUCCUUCAAUAUUUUUCCCCUCUGCCAUACUAGGGAGUGGUAUAGUGUGGUAUCCCUAGUAGCCCUGACUCACAGCCAGUUGGAUCUGCCUACCUGGACAGCCCACAUCCUUUCCUCUUUUAUGAGUUUGCCUUGGAUUAAUUGACCACUUUGGGUAAACAACAAUUGAGAUGUUGUUUCAGCAAAGAAAGUACAUGGAAUUUGCGAGAGUGUUAUAUUACAGUAUUUUGUGGUAGCACCUCUUGCCAUAACUCUGAGCAAAGAUUGUACCCAGUGUUGUGUUUGUGUCUGUGUCCUUGCCUAACAUGCAGGACUUGCCAGUGAAUCUAAUUGUAUGUGCUUUUUGGAAUAACAACUAAUAAAAGGUCACUUGUCCAAAA